AUGAGGAGCGGUGAUUCAACCACAAUUGAUGUUCCAGAGUCGAGUGCCAUUGCCAAAGGAAAAGCGCCUCUUAUCGCAGUUGCCAAGCAAGAGAAAGGCGGAUGGAAAAGAGGAGUCGCCAUUUUCGACUUCAUUUUGAGGUUAGGAGCUAUAGUGGCUGCUCUGGCAGCCGUAUCCACCAUGGGUACUAGUGAUGAGACUCUUCCCUUCUUCACACAGUUCUUCCAGUUCCAAGCCAGUUAUGAUGAUUUACCCACUUUUCAGUUUUUCGUCAUUGCAAUGGCCAUAGUUAGUGGCUACCUUGUACUUUCCCUUCCUUUUUCCAUAGUAUCCAUUGUUCGUCCCCAUGCAGCCGCACCAAGACUACUGCUACUCAUUUUGGACACAGUGGCACUUACUCUAAACACUUCUGCUGGUGCUGCGGCCGCUGCCAUAGUCUACUUGGCUCACAAUGGCAAUCCCAACACGAAUUGGCUCGCUAUUUGCCAGCAAUUUGGUGAUUUCUGCCAGAAAGUCAGUGGGGCUGUGGUGGCAUCGUUUGUUUCGGUUGUUGUGUUCAUGUUCCUUAUUCUUCUGUCUGCUUUGGCCAUCCGAAAGGCUUAA